AUCAUGGCUUGGGAACCAACAUCUUCACGAGAAGUGGUUAAGUGUCUCCUUGUCAGUCUAUUCUCUCUGCCUUUUGAAACUUUUGAGCCGUAAAACAAUUUUAGAAUAGCAAGUCAUGGAAUCUCAACCAGAUUUCCAGCAUCCGUCGAGUUUUAGAGAAGAAGGGCAGCAAGUAAUUACUCGUGCUUGCGACAGGUGUCGGAGAAGAAAGAUCCGUUGUGACCCUACUAUGGAAGGAUGCGUUCAGUGCACCAAGUAUCACUCAAGGUGCCACUUCACGCCAAUCACAACAAAGAAGAAUCCUCGCAGACCAGCUGGAUACAUCGCAAAACUCGAGGAAAGACUUUUCGAAGUGGAAGCAUUGCUGGGAAACAACUCUUUAAGUGAGACAACAACGCCUGGGAUCAGUUACAACCACAGCGGAACCGAACUGCUUACCCUUGAGGGUGAUAAAACUGGUCGUUUCAUUGGUAAACUAUUGUCGUACUCCGCUCCGGAGUUGCGAGCCUUCUCUCGGCCAGCCCAGCAGCAACUUCCUACAACAGCGUUUGCUCUGGAGCUGGUCAAUGAAACUUUCACCAAUUAUAACAGAUUCCUUCCACUUUUCGAUAAAGAUGACUUCUUGGGAAACUUUCAGCUCAAGUACUCGACCUCCAAUCCGGGAGAUGCUGAUUGGUGGGCAUGUCUCAAUGUCGUGCUGUCGAUAGCUCAUCGCCUCCGCGCCCUGCGUUCAUCGGACCCGGAGCGUGAGAACCACUUAGCGUCUGGAUACAUGCGAAACGCCUUAGGCGUUGUCGCCGAACUAAGCGUUUCUAACCGUAGUCUUUCUGCCGUUCAAGCUCUGGUAGGUAUGGCUUGCAUUCUUCAGGGAACACCAAAUCCACAGCCAGCCUCAGUGCUUGUAGCCGCCGCUUUACGACUAGCACAGGCUAUGGAUCUACAUAGAGAUUGUUCAAGCAUGGGCCUCACGCAGUCCGAAGCUGAGCAGCGGAGGCGGGUAUUUUGGAAAAUCUAUAUUCUAGACAAGGACAUCAGUCUACGGACGUGCUGCCCAUUCAAUCAAGAUGAUGAUGAGAUGGAUAUCAGACUACCAUCAAAUACGAACCUUGCGUCAGGUUACGAGGACCUUUUCAACCAUCGCAUCGGGCUUGCGGUUAUUCAGGGACAGGUCUACAAACAGUUGUACUCUGUCCACGCUGGACGACAAACGGAGACGCAAAGAGCAAUUGCGGCACAAGCAUUGAGUUCGUUGUUAUCGCGCUGGAAUGCCAGUGCUCAGCUGGAUUCGCCAGACGACCCCACAUCGUUGCCAGGAUGCCGAAUAACAGGCUAUAUGAUACACAAAGUGGUUUUACGGCUCACAUACAUUCAUUGUUUGGCAAUGGUUGAUCGUCACUUGGUUCCGAUGGUACAACCUCGCUUCAACCAAGAGGUUGGUCGGCCUCAGGUGUCAUUACACCCAGGUACUCUAUGUCUUGUCGAGUCACGCAGAGCAAUCCGUCUUGUUGCAGCUAUCCCUCCAGGAGACCGCGCUUGUGUCUGGAUGCUACUCCACGCUUUCUUUGCUGCAACCCGCAGCAUACUCUAUAAUCUAACACAAAACCCGAUGUCUCCAAACGCUCUCUCAGACCUGCAUCUUGUGGAGCCAUUCUUGCGUCUGCUGGAUACGCUACUGAAGGAUCCAAGAGGAGGCUCACAAUCAGAGGAGCUCGGGCGAAUACACACCAUGUGUAACAACUUGAAUGACGAAGCAAAAAAGGCUGUCCAGAUUUUCGGUUCCAGGUAUACAGCGUCCCUAACAUGAUGAUUUGAGGUUGGCAGUUAUUGGGUUAAAUUGGAUGAUAUUUCUUGCUCGCAGGGAUUGGGUGGUGCUGCUGGACAGGUUUAGGUUUUGUCACGAUGCACUUAUUCCGUCAUGGAAUGUCAUAAGAAGACGGCUUGACUAUCUACGUUCUAGACUGCCUGUUGAGGCGCGUAGAUAUACGUGUCGGUAAAGUGGAUCCGGAUUAAUAGAUGUUCCGGCACCGGU